CUUUUGCCUCACCCGGACUUCCCCCGCCACAUCAACAGCAGCUGCCGGCCUCCCCCGGGAGCCUGGCUGCGGGUCGUGCUGGAGAAACCCUUUGGCCAUGACCUGGAGUCAGCCCGGCAGCUGGCUAUGGAGCUUACCAGCUUCUUCAGGGAGGAGGAGAUGUACCGGGUGGACCACUACCUGGGCAAGCAGGCUGUGGCCCAUAUCCUGCCCUUUCGAGACCAGAACCGACAGUUUCUGGAUCCAAUUUGGAACCGGCAUCACGUAGAAAGAGUGGAGAUUGUUCUGAAAGAGACUGUGGAUGCUAAAGGCCGCACCAGCUUCUACGAGGAGUACGGAGUGAUCCGGGACGUGCUGCAGAACCACCUCACCGAGGCGCUCAUGUUCCUCGCCAUGGAGCUCCCCAGCAACGUGAGCAGCGCCGGGGAGGUUCUGCAGCGCAAGCUGGAGGCCUUCCAGGCCCUGCGCGGCCUGGAGAGGAGCAGCGCCGUGCUGGGUCAGUACGAGGGCUACGCCGGCCAAGUGCGCGAGGAACUGCAGCAGGACCAGGGCUACGUGAGCACGACACCAACCUUUGCAGGUGUGCUGAUUCACAGCGACAGCCUGCGCUGGGAAGGGGUCCCCUUCCUGCUCGCUUCUGGGAAAGCUCUGGACGAGCGGGUAGGUUACGUCCGGGUCCUCUUCAAGAACCGGGCCUACUGCCCUCAGAGCGGGACCCUGAGGGAUGCAGGCUCCAGCCAGUGUAAAGCCAAGCAGAUCAUCUUCUACAUUGGGCACGGCGCGCUCAACACUCCCGCCGUGCUGGUGAGCAGGAACCUCUUCAAGCCCAUCAUGCCAGAAGGCAGCUGGAAAGAAGCAGCAGUUCAGCCAGAGCUGCAUGUUUUUGGCCAACCGCUGUCUGAUUACUAUGUGUACAAGCCCGUGAAGGAGAGGGAUGCGUAUUCUGUCCUCAUCUCCAGCAUCUACCAUGGCAGAAAGGACUCCUUCAUCACCAUCGAGAACCUGCUGGCGUCCUGGGAGUUCUGGACGCCGCUGCUGGACAGCAUAUCCCACCAGUCGCCACGCCUCUACCCUGGGGGUGUGGAGAACCAGCACCUCUUAGACUUUGAAAUGGUCGGUGGGGACUUGGCAUUUGCACUGGCGGAGCCCGUAGAGCUUCUGCAUCCUGAGGGGCCAACGCCAAGCGACUACAAAACGAUCCAGGCCAAGUAUCGGCAGAGCCCGCUGGUGUCGGCGUGGGCCGAGGAGCUGGUUUCCCAGCUGGCUUCCGACAUGGAGAGGGCGGCCAGCAGCGCUGUGGCCCGCACCGGCCGCUUCCACUUGGCUCUCUCGGGCGGCUCCAAC